CAGUGUAAAACAUCCAACAGGUACCUUCCAGCUGUCUACAACACGAGUGCAUGCUCAUCAGGCAAGAGAUCACAGCUAGGGCAACAAUCCACAUGAGUUGGGAAGGGCUCAUUUCACCUGUCAAACACUGCUGCUCUCAUGUGGAAUGCACUGUGGCUUUUUGGUCAAGAUAAUUACCAUGGAAGAUCCCAGGUGGCAGCAAAUCUCAGGUGAACAGACUGAGCCGUGGAAGUGGCACAAGGCAACCCCAGCCGAGAAGAAUUGAGCCAGGCCCACCAGGCCCAUGGGUAACUGGACUGCAGCGGUGACUGAGUUUUUUCUGCUGGGGUUUUCCCUGAGCAGGGAGGCGGAGCUGCUGCUCCUGGUGCUCCUGCUGCCCACGUUCCUGCUGACUCUUCGGGGGAACCUGCUCAUCAUCUCCACCGUGCUGUCCUGCUCCCGCCUCCACACCCCCAUGUACUUAUUCUUGUGCAACCUCUCUAUCCUGGACAUCCUCUUCACCUCAGUCAUCUCUCCAAAAGUGUUGGCCAACUUAGGAUCUAGGGAUAAAACCAUCUCCUUUGCCAGAUGUGUCACCCAGUGCUAUUUCUACUUUUUCCUGGGCACAGUUGAGUUCCUCCUGCUGACGGUCAUGUCCUAUGACCGCUAUGCUGCCAUCUGCUGCCCCCUGCGGUACACCACCAUCAUGAGACCUCCUCUCUGCAUUGGGACCGUUGUGUUCUCUUGGGUGGGAGCCUUCCUGUCUGUGCUCUUUCCAACCAUCCUCAUCUCCCAGCUGCCCUUCUGUGGCUCCAAUAUCAUUAACCACUUCUUCUGUGACAGUGGACCCUUGCUGGCCCUGGCCUGUGCAGACACGACUGCCAUCGAGCUGAUGGAUUUUAUGCUUUCUUCCAUGGUCAUCCUCUGCUGCAUAGUCCUCGUGGCCUAUUCCUAUAUGUACAUCAUCUUGACCAUAGUGUGCAUUCCUUCUGCAAGUGGAAGGAAGAAGGCCUUUAAUACCUGUGCUUCCCACCUGACCAUAGUCAUCAUUUCUAGCGGCAUCACUGUGUUUAUCUAUGUGACUCCCUCCCAGAAAGAAUAUCUGGAGAUCAACAAGAUCCCUUUGGUUCUGAGCAGUGUGGUGACUCCAUUCCUCAACCCCUUUAUAUAUACUCUGAGGAAUGACACAGUGCAGGGAGUCCUCAGGGAUGUGUGGGUCAGGGUUCGAGGAGUUUUAGAAAAGAGGAUGAGGGCAGUACUGAGAAGCAGAUUAUCCUCCAACAAAGACCACCAAGGAAGGGCUUGCUCUUCUCCACCAUGUAUCUAUUCUGUAAAGCUCCAGUGUUAGAAAGAGAGGAGCUGCCUUAGUGAAAGAGUGAGCUAGCUAAGGAAUUCUGAAUAGUCUAUAGUGGAAAGACUGACUGUGGAGACAGAGACUUGAACUCUGGCCUUGGUUUUAACUUUAAUCUGUGACCACAGUUGUGUCACCAGCCAUUCUGACUCUCAGUACUCUCAGCUGAAGUGCAACAGGGCUGGACUUGAUGAUCUCUAAGCCCCAUCCACACUGAAUAUUGUAAGAAUUGAAGGGCCAUGCAGCCUAUUUCCUCCUAAAGUCGUAACAUGUUUGGCCCCAUUUCUUUAUGGAUCCCGAACACAACUGUUCUAUCAGCUUGACACGAAGUCCUUCCUGAACUUCUCUGCAUGGACCCUCUUUCUUUCCAUCCUCUGCAGGAUCUUUCUAGAAACAACCUUCAUUAUUCUCUAAUCCACUAUCACAUCCUGUAAUCCAUUUUUUUUUUCGGAGUGGGCAUUUGCAAUGAUUGUGAUGGGUGUAUGUCAUCUGUGUUAUUUAAUAAUAUUGCUUUCUGUAAUAGAACAUGUUCAUAAUAUCCAAUAUGCUCAUGUCCUCAUGUAGGACGUGGCCCUCUUCCCCUAGCCACUAAUGAUUGAUCCAUGGAUGGAUAAUCUGACUGAAGGCAUAACCCAUCACCUGCAGGGACACUUGCACACCUAAGAGACUGGCCAGUGACCUAUGACCUGUGUGGCUUGGCUGGACCAGAGGAGCUGUGCAAACAGAUACCACUUUUUUGAGAAAUUGAAGCAAAAAACACAGAGAUUAUUCCACAUAAGGGCGAUGCUUCCCCUGGAAGCAGAAAUAGGCUUGGUGGCUGGAGUGGCCACUUUGGGUGCCAGGUGCAAGCUGAUGAAUAAUUAGAGGAAACCAGUCUGCCCCUCAGAGAGAAUGCAGUUGAUGUAUAGAGAAAAACAGAGAAGAGACAGAUGACAGCCCACUCACAACACAAAGGCACAACACAAAGAGCCCUCUUCUCUCAUGACUUCCUAGGCCUGGAGCUGGUAGAGUUUUGAUUCCUAUUCCUGGAUUUGAUGUGUUUUACCUGUACCCGUAAAUCAAAUCCCUUUUUAUUGAGCUAUCUUGAGAAGGUCUUAGAUUCUUGUGACCAAAAAGCAGCUUGACUACAAAGUUCAUUAUCUCUCCACAAGGCAUAGCUUCUCCCCUUUUCUGGCUCCAUACACUUGGAAAGAAUCUGUUUUGUUUUUGUUUUGAGACGGAGUCUCACUCUGUUGCCCAGGAUGGAGUGCAGUGGUGCAAUCUCAGCUCACUGCAACCUCCGCCUCCUGGGUUCAAGUGAUUCUCCUGCCUCAGCCUCCUGAGUAGCUGGGACCACAGGCACGUGCCACCAUGCCUGGCUAAU